AUGUUGUGAGCCCAAAAAGAUCCUGUUGUCAACAAGCAUUACAGCAAUACAAAUGAUGAAAGGUUUUGACGCUUUGACCUCAUUGUGUGUGUUUCCCUGUAAUUCCUGCUUGUUGGGCUGUUCCAUCGCGGUGGCACCUGCUGCUGUCUCUCACUCAGGUGCUGGUACACAGGAGAUAUGGGAAGACGUCACUGUUUGUUUAAAGUACAAACAAAGCCUUUUGUUUAAAUAUCACCAGACAACGGCAGAGGCAAGAGUUGGAGGAGAAAAGGGAGUAGGAUUCUCUGCACAGACCGACAUUCAGCAGGAAUACUGUCCGCUGUGCGCGGAUUUACCCAUAGACCCGGUCACCAUCCCCUGCGGUGACACCUUCUGCCUGGAGUGCAUCAAGAUCUACUGGGACCAGUUCGACCACAUGGGCGUGUACAGCUGCCCGCAGUGUCGCUCCAGCUUCACGCCGCGGCCCGUGCUGAGACGCAACGUGCCCGACGUCAACCACGAGCCCCGGCGCCAGCUCCCGGCGCUCACCCCCUUCCCCUACAUGCAGCGGGAAUCCCUGUGCGACUUCUGCGUCGGCCGUCGCAGCAAGGCCGUGAAGUCGUGCCUCAUGUGCCUGGCCUACUACUGCGAAACGCACAUCAAGCCACACUACGAGUCGUCCACCUUCAAGAGGCACAAGCUGGUGGAUGAGACGGGCCACCUGGACAGGAAGAUCUGCCCGCAGCACGAGAAAGGCCUGGAGCUGUUCUGUCGCACUGACCAGAUGUGCGUGUGUGUGUUGUGCACCGUCAGGGAGCACCGCGGCCACAACAUUACCUCGGCAGAGGAAGAGCGCAUCGAAAAACAAAAAGUCCUAGUGGUCACCCAGACUGAGGUCCAGCACAUCAUUCAGGAGAGGAUGAAGGAGCUGCAGGACCUCAAACACAACGUGGAUGUUCUCAAAAGUGCUGCCCAGCGAGCGCAGACGGAAAGCGAUAAGACCUUCCACGAAAUGCUGCAGGCGGUGGAGCGCUGGAAGGCUGAAAUCCAUCAGAUGAUAACGACCAACAUGCAGUCGGCGAUGUCGCAGGCUGAGGGCUACUUGGACCGCCUGGAGCAGGAGAUACUGGAGCUCCAGCGCAGAGAUGCAGAGCUUCGGCAGAUUCUGGAAACAGAGGACAACAUUCACUUUCUGCAGAACUUUCCAUCCCUGUGUGUUGCUCCUGAGGCCAUGGUUCCCAAAGUGCUCAUCAACCCUCAGUUCUCCUUCGGGGAGAUGAGCAAGAAGGCCACCGAGAUGAAGGAACAUCUGGACAUCAUCUGUAAGAAGGAAUUAAGUGAAAUCUCAAAGUCAGUGAGUGAAACGCCCGUCUACAUCCUUCUACCCAGAAAUGGAGAGAAACGACUGAAAGUUCCUUCCAGAGUUCAUUUUCAGGAGCCAAAAACCAGGACAGACUUCUUAAGAUACGCCUGCAGGAUGUCCUUGGAUCCAAACACAGUUUAUAAAGAGCUGGCCUUGACAGACGGGAACCAGAGCGUCACGCGGAGGAAAGCGGUCCAGUUUCACCCAGAUCACCCCGAACGCUUUGAUGGCUUCUCGCAGGUGCUGUGCAAAGAGCCUCUGACUGGUUUCAGAUUUUACUGGGAGGCCGAGUGGAGCGGGGAGUUUUCCAUCGGAGUGGCCUACAAGAGUAUCAGCCGCAAGGGGAAGAACUCGCACAGCCUGCUGGGCUACAACGACAAGUCUUGGAGUCUUCUCUGCUCAGACUCGGGAUACUCUGCCUGGCACAAUAAAGUAGACAAAGACCUUCCUGAAGCUCCCAGGGCCACACGAAUCGGUGUGUACUUGGAUUGCGCAGGCAACACCGUGGCCUACUACGCGGUAUCAGAGACUAUGGAGCUUAUCCACAAAUUCAGAGCUCAGUUCAGUGAGCCUCUGUAUGCUGGCUUUGGUGUGGGCUCCUCUGUCACCCUUUGCCCACUGAAGCAGAAUACCACAACUCACUGAGAGUUUCUGUGAUCAGCGAUUAUCUCCCAGGUACUGUUAACACGAGCUGACAGCAUCAUGUAAUGUAAUUGUGUGCAAAAUAAUAGAACAUAUACCCCUUCUAUGCAUGGAUUUCUGACCACAUUGUGUCUGUUCCUGUGAAGAUGUUCUGAAUGUUCAAUGAAUACAUACAAAAAAAAAUGGCAUUGUACCUUGAAUAAGAACACAAUCUUCUAAUAACAAGGCCGGCUUUUAACAGGGAGGAGCAUUUAGUGAUUGAAACAAUCAGCAGAUAAAUGACAAAUAAUUUGCUCUCGCUAUGUUUGUGUGUGUGUUUUAUGUAUCUUAUGUAUGCCGAUGCUGUUAAAAAAAGGUUGGCUAAAGUUUUUAUUGUCCUACAAAUAGCAACUUUUAAGGGAAAGCGAUGACGUAAAACACUAAAAACUUUUGAUUGUAAAGCAGCACAAGAUACUUAUUACACAUCUCAUAUUAAACACAAGCGGUUGAUCAUACCAAUAUAUUAAUUCAUAUUUAUAUGAGUAUUAUAAAACCAUGUAAUUUAACUACUGCAUAUUUAUUAAACUUUGUCUAGUGGCCCAUUUA